AUGUUAUUUGUGAUCUCCGCGACGUUAGCAUUCAUUACUGACCCAAGUACCCCGUCUUCUUGGGAACGCCGUCAGGGAUUUUCAGUUUAGCGUUCGCUAUUGAAUGCUUGACGGAAUUACAUUUCUGAGGUAUAAAGUCGUUCUUCCGUAUGGAACCCGAAAAGUUUUGCAAGCCUUCUCUUCUACUGCAUUCAAAUCCGGCUAUGACGUUGAAACCGUUGCACUCUGAUUUGUCUUUAGGAAUGUUUCUGGUGACUUCGUGGUUGAACACAAUAUUAUACACGUCCCAGGUGGCCUUGAGUAUUUACUACUUGUAUCACUUUGCGACGACAAGGUGGUUGCGCUGCUGGAUUCUGGCAUCUUUAUUCAUCGAUGGGGUCUGUUCGAUCGCGAAUCUGGCUGGCACUUAUAUGUAUCUGGUUAUUAAUCAUGGUCCGUCACUCACCGUGUUUACAUUGGCAGCCGAGACUGCAAUCUUGCUCACGUAUACCUCCGCCUUGAUCACGCACGUCUUUUUCUGUCAUCGAUAUUGGACGAUGUAGGUCUCCUACAGGCCUCUUCCAUCUCGUUCUCAGAAGUGAUUUAGCUCCAGGAAUAAGUGGAUCACGGGAUGGAUUGUAUUUCUCAUUACAGCAAAUGUAAUUUGUACUUUGCUGGCUAUUAUCUAUACUUCCCUCCACCCGAAAGAACUUGUAUUA